CCCGUCCAGCGUCGGGUCGUACCCUGCACGCUACCGGAAGCGCGGCGCCGCAGCCGGGUUUCGCCCGACCCCAGGCCAGCCGAGUCCCUGAUUUCCUGGCCGAGGUGCGCCCUCCGUCUGUCUACGCUGGUCCGACCGCAAGGGAUCAGCCCAAGCGCUGUUGCCCUGGUCCGGAGGAUGGCCGCCCUUCGCUCGCCGCAGGAGUUUGGGAGGGAGACCUGAGAGCCAAGGCAGGGGACCGGUCCUUGGGGCACAGCUGCAGGCUUCGGGUCUCCUCCGGACCCCGAAGACACAAGCUCAGAGCCUGACGGCCCCUGAGAGAGGUGGGCGGAUCCGCCAAGUCACACCCAGGCUCUGCAGGUGCUCAGGCUCAGACGCUGCACCCAGAGAUGCGCUGCCGCAGACUAGCCCUGGGCCUGGGGUUCGGCCUGCUGGUGGGCGUGGCCCUCUGCUCUCUGUGGCUGUAUGUGGAGAACGUGCCGCCGCCGGUCUAUAUCCCCUAUUACCUCCCCUGCCCUGAGAUCUUCAACAUGAAGCUCCAGUACAAGGGGGUGAAGCCAUUCCAGCCCGUGGCACAGUCCCAGUACCCUCAGCCCAAGCUGCUUGAGCCAAAGAGGUUACAGGGCCCGACGAGAUGGUGUUUGCAAAACGCAGGGCACUGUGCCUGCGCCCUACGGGGUGCCCGACCCACCGUUAAUAAUGGUAUCAAUGACUCCCGUUUCUGAGGCACUUGGCAGACACCAGAAAUGCCAGGCCUUUCCAGACCCUGGACGCCUGGUCCUCCCGACCAUGCUGAGAAGUAGCUGUUACUACCCACACUUUCCACGUGAGGCUCCUGGGGCCCAGAGACAGGAGUGAAGCUGCCCAGGGCCACACAGCACAGGAGGCAGGACCAGGAUGAGACCGAGGCUUUCACAAGGGGAGCGUCUCAGCCCCCACGGCCUCCUGUGCUGCCAGGCCCUCAGAGCUCCUGACGCUCACGUCCUGGUUGGCACCCAUCGUCUCCGAGGGCACCUUCGACCCUGAGCUUCUUCAUCACAUCUACCAGCCACUGAACCUGACCAUCGGGCUCACGGUGUUUGCCGUGGGGAAGUACACCCAGUUCGUCCAGCGCUUCCUGGAGUCGGCCGAGCGCUUCUUCAUGCAGGGCUACCGGGUGCACUACUACAUCUUUACCAGCGACCCCGGGGCCGUUCCUGGGGUCCCGCUGGGCCCGGGCCGCCUCCUCAGCGUCAUCGCCAUCCGGAGACCCUCCCGCUGGGAGGAGGUCUCCACACGCCGGAUGGAGGCCAUCAGCCAGCACAUUGCCGCCAGGGCGCACCGGGAGGUCGACUACCUCUUCUGCCUCAGCGUGGACAUGGUGUUCCGGAACCCAUGGGGCCCCGAGACCUUGGGGGACCUGGUGGCUGCCAUUCACCCGGGCUACUUCGCCGCGCCCCGCCAGCAGUUCCCCUACGAGCGCCGGCAUGUUUCUACCGCCUUCGUGGCGGACAGCGAGGGGGACUUCUAUUAUGGUGGGGCGGUCUUCGGGGGGCGGGUGGCCAGGGUGUACGAGUUCACCCAGGGCUGCCACAUGGGCAUCCUGGCGGACAAGGCCAAUGGCAUCAUGGCGGCCUGGCAGGAGGAGAGCCACCUGAACCGCCGCUUCAUCUCCCACAAGCCCUCCAAGGUGCUGUCCCCCGAGUACCUCUGGGAUGACCGCAGGCCCCAGCCCCCCAGCCUGAAGCUGAUCCGCUUUUCCACACUGGACAAAGACACCAACUGGCUGAGGAGCUGACAGCACAGCCGGGGCUGCUGUGCAUGCGGGGGGACCCCAAGCCCUGCCCCCAGCUCGCCCCAGCAGCGCCUCCUCACCCGGACGCCUCACUUCCCAAGCCUUCUGUGAAACCAGCCCUGCGCUGCCUACCUCUCAGGCUGCCAGCAGACUCCGAGGCCUGUGUAAACUGUGAAGGGCUGUGCCCUUGUGAGAACACACAGCCUGUGAGCCAGAAACGGUCAGACGGGAGGAGACGGACCAGAGGUAGAAGAAGACGGGACCCGCAGUCCUCACCCAGCCCACGUGCCUUUGGGGUGGGCGCUGGAGGGUCAGCCCUGCCCAGUGCCUGACGUCCCGCCCACCCCCCUUUUGUGGCCGUUUGUACCUCUGACACAUGAGAGAGGUAUCCUGGACCCCUGUCCUCUGGCUGCAGGGGCCCCGGGGACUGUUCUGUCCCCCUGCCACAAGGAGCCAGUACCUCACUCAGGACCCCGACCGAGCCUUCGAAAUGGACCCCGCCUGGGCUCUCUCGUUCCACGUCCAGCCCACCUCUGCAGUGGACCACGCUCCCUGGUGCCCACCGCCUCCUUUGCAAGGGGGUUUGGGCAGCUUUUUAAUACAGGUGGCAUGUGCUCAGCCCUAACCAGAG